AUGCUUCUUUUAACAAGAAGACUCCGACAUUUGAAAGCGAUUUCAAUUGUAAAUGUAACGCUUGUGGAAAAAGCAGCAACAGCAGGAGUUGAUUUCAAUUCCAUUCCGUGUUAUUACAUUGUUGAGGAUCUCAAAGGACACGCGCACUAUAUCAGUGAAAUCCAAGUGAGUCCAGGGUUUGUUUGCCAGUUCAACGAACUGCCUCCAAGCUUUUCAGCAUUAACGAGAAUCAGUAUCAAGGUAGUGGGCGAACUGCCUCGUAAUAUACUGAAAAACAGUGCCAACAAAAAUGAGACGUGGGUUGUGCUGAACUCUGUGUCAAUUGAUCUGAAUCAACUGCAACCAGUUGAUGUCGACCAAAUAGACUUCCUUGGGGAUCACAUCAAUAUGCCUCUCUUGGAAUUCACCGACGGAUAUUUUGUAGCUUGCGAUGGGCUCAAAAGCGAUGACCAUUUCAAGAUUGACAUGGAAAAUAAACCGGUAUCGACAUUAGUCCUGCGAAAAAGUUCCAAUUUUAAUAGUCUUUUGAAAUUGAACAAGAUACUUGAAUUUAUGGGCCAAGUGCAGCGCGAACUGGAUGACUAUUCUGCUCAAAUCGAAAUUAAACUGAAAAACAGAGUAUUUUCGCAUCGCCAAGAGUAUGAAAAGGCCAUUGAACAAGUGUCUACAGAGUCUCAAAUUAAAGCAUCAAACGUAAAUGUCCUGAAGGCCAAGAUCGAGAGAGUUACAUUCGGCGACGACGAAGUGGGUGGCCUUUCGGGCGAAAAUGACGAUGAGUAUGGAACGCUUUAUUCGGAUUUCCUGAAUCGAAAGCAUUUCUUACAAGCGGUUCAGGCCCGUAAAAUUGAUCAAUUAAGUGGGAUAUUUGCUGGAUUAGAUGUUCUUAACGACCGUGACUUUGGUUUGGCGAUUUUGUAUAUUGAUAGCAAUACCGGGAAGAGCACGUUUGACUUGAAGGUUCUGAAUGCUGCUCAGAUGGUUUCUAUCGAAAAUAGAGAGCGACUUAACGCUUUCUUGGGAUACUAUUUACUGGUUGUCAAACUGCUAGCGCUUAAAGUUUUUCAUGUUUCACUCCCGCAUAGACUUUUGUUCUACGGGAGCACCUCGUUGGUAAGCGAGUCUCUGCCGCUUUACUUGACAAAAACUCCACGCCCGCAUCAUAUGACGGGUUUUGAAAAUGCAAUUCAUUGUUUCAAUCUAAAUAUCUUACAAAUCAAGCAGCAUUUGGAACGCUGUUGCUGA